GCCAAGAUGCAGAUCUUUGUGAAGACCCUGACGGGCAAAACCAUCACCCUAGAGGUGGAGCCCAACGACACCAUCGAGAACGUGAAAGCCAAAAUCCAGGACAAGGAAGGGAUCCCCCCCGACCAGCAGCGUCUGAUCUUCGCGGGGAAGCAGCUGGAGGAUGGCCGUACCCUCGCUGACUACAACAUCCAGAAAGAGUCCACCCUGCACCUGGUGCUGCGUCUGCGGGGAGGCAUCAUCGAGCCCUCCCUGCGCCAGCUCGCCCAGAAAUACAACUGUGACAAGAUGAUCUGCCGCAAGUGCUACGCUCGCCUGCACCCUCGAGCCGUCAACUGCCGCAAGAAGAAGUGUGGCCACACCAACAACCUGCGCCCCAAGAAGAAGGUUAAGUAGAGCCACAGGUCCUGCCUGGACUGGCUAAUAAAGUAUC